AUGAUAGAUAAAGGAUAUAAUAAAUUGUCUCUUGACAGACCAACGACCGUUUCAGUCAAACAAUAUGUUGCUAUUUAUCCUAAUGAUCUUGAAAAUUUUAAAUUUCAAGACACAUCUGAUAAUAAUUUGACCUGGCCUUAUUGGUCUAGAGAUUUAACGGAGAUUGUCAUCACACCAAUAUUUCCAUUUGGUCUUGAUCCUUUUUAUAUUGACCUUGAAAUUAUCGGCGCUCACGUUUUCGAAAAUUGCUACGCUGUGGAAGGCGUUUACAAUGGUUAUUUGAGAACAAAUCCUUAUCCAGGCUAUUACAAUAAUCCUAUAUGCUACGCUUUUUUUGAUCAAUUUUCUGUUGAAAGAUAUUACAAAAAGAUUGAAAUGCCUAACGACAACAUAGUUUAUAACUACAAUGUUUUUGUAAAUCUUAAUCCAAAUUCUGCUGUUUCAGAUGGUAAACACGACAUUUAUUCAAUUUCAAUUAAAAAUCCAAAACCAAGUAGUGUUGUAAACAUAGUUGUAUAUAAUUACCACUUAAUGAAGACAGGAGAUUUCACUGAAUCUUUCAAUAACGAGAUAUCAUAUGUUAUUCCUCCAAGAUCAGUAUUCGUUGCCUUCAAUCCCGAUGGAUUUACAUUUGAAUCGUCUGCCCAGCCAAUUAAACCGGGUGUUUUUUAUAGUGAUUCACUUACAGAACCUUUGGCGAUUACAGUCAAAAAACAAGGUAAAGCAAAAAAUAAUUUACAGUAUUUCAGAUGUACAUCCAUUUACUGA